AUGGCUUCAAACAGGUCCAUGGAAUGGAAUGGAAACUACUCUUCUGUGACCAUGUUUUUACUUCUGGGUCUCUCAGAUGAAAAAGAGCUGCAACUCAUCCUCUUUCUGAUAUUCCUAGUGAUCUACCUGGUGACUCUCAUCUGGAACCUUGGUCUCAUUCUUCUCAUCAGGGUGGACUCCCACCUACACAUACCCAUGUACUUUUUUCUCAGUUUCCUGUCAUUUAUAGACAUCUGCUAUUCUUCUUCCAUCAGUCCAAGAAUGCUUUCAGACUUCUUCGAAGAUGAAAAAAGAAUUUCCUUCAUUGCCUGUGCUACUCAAUAUUUUGUUGUGGCCUGGAUGGGUCCGGCUGAGUGCUGCCUCUUGGCCGCCAUGGCCUAUGACCGAUAUAUGGCCAUUGGCAGCCCUCUGCAGUACUCAGCCAUCAUGGCUCCUGGCCUCUGUGGAAAGAUGGUGGCUGGGGCCUGUGUGAGUGGUUUCCUUAGCAGUUUAUCGCUAACGGUCUCUUGCUUUCGACUUUACUACUGUGGGCCAAAUGUCAUUCAACAUUUCUUCUGUGACUUACCUCAGAUUAUUCCCUUGUCUUGCUCCAAUCCCUUCAUCAGCCAAAUGAUUCUUCUUCUGGUAGCUAUUGUUGUUGGAUUUGGCUCUUUGUUUGUUAUCCUCUUAUCCUAUGGUUUCAUUGCAGCUUCCAUCCUGAAAAUAUCCUCAGGCAAGGGUAGUGCCAAGGCCUUCAAUACCUGUGCCUCCCACCUGGCAGCUGUGACACUCUAUUAUGGCACAACCCUCUCUGUGUACUUGUGUCCAAAGUCUAAUCAGACCAUGAAGCAGGACAAGGUGCUAUCAGUGUUCUAUGUCAUCAUCAUCCCAAUUUUAAACCCUCUGAUCUAUAGUCUGAGGAACAAGGAGAUCAAAGAGGCCCUGAAGAGGCUUAUAAAGAGAGCAACAGCCUUAUAUCAGUCAGAAUAAUAUUUGGGUAGGUAUCAUUACCGUAUAAGGUAGAUGGAGGUAAAAAUGUGUAAGUGACCUUUUGCAUGUCACAUGAAUAGACAGCAAGAAGUAAAAACUUGGCUUCCUUAUUUCUUGGUGCCAUCAUGCUUAGCUGCCAUCAAGAAGUAAUCUAACGAAGUGUUGUUAUACACAGUUUAAAAAGCCAGUUUCCAUUAUUAGAACUUUGAUAAAAGCCUAAAGUGUGAUUGUGAUUUGAGAAGAGAAAUGUUGGUAGAUAUUGUAUGUACAGAAAUGACAAGAGUCCGGGACACCAAGCAGCAUGUUCUUUCCUUCACAGAUUUUCAUUUAUCUUAUUCAUUAUUAAUUUUUCAACAUUUAUAUAUGUUCAAAUAAAACAAAGUUAAAUACUGUAUAAAAUUAAAUACAGGAAAAAUUAAAAAUUAUUUUUAUUUUUUUAUUGUGCUUUUGUGAAAGUUUAGAGUUCAAGGUAGUUUCUCACAUAAAAAUUUAUACACACGUUGUUAUGCGACCAUAGUUGCUCUUCUUAUAAUGAGACAACACACUCCUCAUUUCCACCCAGAUUUCCCAUGUCCUUUCCACGAGCUCCUGUCCUUUUCUGCUCUCUCAUCUCACCUCCAAACAGGAGCUGCCCAUUUAGUCUCACUUAUCUUUUUUUUAUCUACUCAAGUGGAAACCCUGGUGGCAUAGUGUUUAUGUGCUACGGGUGCUAACCAAAAGGUCAGCAGUUAGAA